UCCUACACAACCUGUUCACCAUGUGUCACACUACAUACUUCUCCCUCUAUCUAAGUACAUGAUCAGUGCUGCUGCAUUGUCACAUUGAGCUCGGAAUUACCUUUGUACCUUUUAGAAUGCCUCCAAAUAUAUUUGCAAGACAUAGCUCAGAGGUGGACUGGUGUGAAGCCAACUAUCUGCAUUCCGAAUAUGUGGCAGAAUACUACAAUACGGUCAGUAAUAUUUCCUUCCUGUUUGUGGGCCCCCUUAUGAUGUACCUGUUACACCCAUAUGCCUGCAGACGGUCACUGAUGGUUCACGGAGUCUGGAUCUUGUUCACUGUGAUUGGUCUCUUCUCCAUAUACUACCACAUGACCCUUAGCUUCUUUGGCCAGUUACUCGACGAGAUCUCCAUUUUGUGGGUUAUUUGCCUUGGCUAUUCUCUAUGGUUUCCCCAGACUCACUUCCCCAGAUUCAUCACAAGCAGGGGUCAGUUUGGAGUUGUCGUCUUGAUCACAGCAGUAGUCAGUACACUGAUGUCAUUUGUGAAGCCUACAAUCAAUGCCUAUGUUUUGAACAGUAUAACCUUCCACAUACUGUAUGUUCUGGUGAACGAGAUAAGAAAGUGCACUGACAAGGACAUCAUUAAUUUGGCAUUCACGUCUUUUUAUUUGUGGCUAUUGGCCAUUUCUUGCUGGCUUAGUGAUCGCUUCUUCUGUAAUUUUUGGGAAAGGAUCAACUUCUGUUACUUGCAUAGCUUCUGGCACAUCUUCAUUUGUGUGACUGUAUGCCACAUUAAUACAGUUUUUGCCUACUUCGAUGCUCAGUAUGAGAUUCCUGAGUGUACUGUGCAAGUUCAGUAUUGGCCACUCAAGUCCACAAGAUUUGGAUUGCCCUAUUUAGCCAUCACCGCAAGGAAAGAUGUUAAAAAGCACUGCUAACUCAUUUUCUACUGCAGUUGAGAUGAUAAGACGGGUUCAAUUAAGGCUCUCAUCAGACACACUCCUGUGAUAAAUGGAACUUCAAAUCCUGAUGGACAUCUAAAUGUGCCUUUGGUAUAAUGUCCAUUGUGUAUCCUGGAACAAGAACUAUAACAGUAAUAGAAGUUGCGGUUAUUUUUGACCUGGAUGGGGAUUAACGGCUAGAUCUGUGACCAUCACUACAGCACAAAAUAUUGAGAACAGUGGUAAUUACUGAAUGCCUUCUCAUAUCAGCCUUGUCUGGGAGGGAAGGGAAGUUACUGUUUUCUGCAAUGACUGUAUCCAGACUUUUGUGUAUUGGGGAAUGCUUGAAAAACACAAUUGUGUGUUCUGUAAUUAUAUGUACAUAUUAAAGUGGAGUUCCACCCUAAAAAUGAACUUUCUAUGAACAGCUCGCCUUUAAUGUAAAAAAAAA